AUGCCGUCUUCAAGUGCUUCUGAAUCUAUGGGGCCCCCUGGGGGCCCCCCUGGGGGCCCCCCAUCACAGGGGCCCCCCUCAACCCCUCCAGCUCUUGACUUUGAAUCUGAGUAUUUACUUGUGCCUCAGCUGCACUUUCCUUCGUUUGUCUCUCGUUAUUUGCUGCAGGAGACACUCGAGCAGCAAGCUCGAGUAUUAGAGCUGCUGCAGCAGCCUGAGAGACUUAAGACAGAGAGACCUUUAUUAAUUGGUUUGCUGCAGCUGCUGCGCGGCUUUGAAUCUACUGCUGUCCUAGAAGCAUUGUCUCCUUCUGAUCAUCUACAGCUUAUCCUAGGUUUAAAGAGGGUACUGUGGGGCCCCCAGGGGGCCCCCCAGGGGGCCCCUCAUAAGUGGGAGGGGGUUUGGAGACAGUUGGACGAAGCAGCAGCAGGAGCAGCAGCAGCCGAAGAAGAAGAAGAAGAAGCAGCAGCAGAAGCAGCAGCAGAUGCAGCAGCAGAAGAAGCAAACUUUGGGGGCUUGGGUGUCUCCUUAGUUGCGCGUCUUUGUGAUGUUCUUGCUGCUGCUAUAGAGACAUUUAAAUGCAGGUUUGUACCCCCUCAUUAUCUAAACCCUUCUUGCCGCUCCUCCUUCCUGCAGCUGCAGCAGCUCUGCAGCAGCAGCAGCAGCAGCAGCAGCAGCAGCGAGGGCAGCAGCAGCGGGAGGAGAGUGGGUUCUAAGAAGGCAGAUGCAGGGUUGCUGCUGCAGGAGGUGAAAGAGGGCUUCUGGCAGGGUUUGCUGCUGCUGCUGCUGCAGCACUUCAAUAAGGGUCUACGUGCUGCUGUCCCCACCAGCAGCAACAGACGUCGUGUGCUGCUGUCUGCUAUCGUUCGCCUUAUAGAUUCUUCUCGUUUUCUUUGGGAGGAUGAGGAGGAGCAGCAGCAGCAGCAGCUGCAGCAGCAGGACACAGCAGCAGCAGCAGCAGGAGGGUUGCUGUCGCAGCAGUUGUCUGAAUGCUUGAAGGAAUUGAUGUUUAAUUUAGAUAGAAGGGAGACGAAUGCUUUGCUGCGCUCUCGUUUGCUGCUGCUGUUUGCUUCGGGGCCCCUAGCACAUCAGCUGCUACAGCAGCAGCAGCUGCUGCUGCAGUUCUGGCGAUAUAUAGACGGUGCGCAGCAAACAUCGUGGGAUGCUUUAUUUCUGUGUCUCCUCAAGCGAGGCUGCAAGUAUGGUUGGUGUACAGGGUCUCCUCUUUGCUGCUUGCUGCGCCCUUUGCUGCCGCUGCUGCUGCAGCUGGCUUUAAGAACCUUCGAGAUCAACAGCAGCAGCAGCAAAUGUGCUGCUGCAGCGCAGCAGAUACGCAACACCAUCAAUACCGUUCCUGGAGAGCUGUCUCCUCUCCUUCAUAAAAGAUUAGAGACGCCUAAACUCAUCGCUAAGGUGCUAGUGCUGCUGCUGGAGCCCACAACUAGCAGCAGCAGCAGCAGCAGCAGCAGCAGCAGCGCAAAGGACUCCCCAGAAGCAGCAACGCUUGCAAGAGAAGCAAUUGAGGCUGCAGCAAGAGUAGAGAGAGCAACAACAACAACAACCGAAGCAUCAGCAGCAUCAGCAGCAGCAGCAGCAGAAUGCGAGCCGUCAGAGGUGACCCCCCCUGCCUCCCCCGCAGCAGCAGCAGCACCCACAGCAGCAGCAGCAGCAGCAGCAGCAGCAGGAGAGACAGCUUUUGAGCUGCUGGAGGUUCUAGCAAAGACUAUGGGCCCAUGGGUUCACCCGCAAACGGAGACACAAAGGGGUACAGCUAAUAUUGCUAAUUUUUUUGUGUCUUUUAUUGUCUCUUAUUUAAAGAGAGUGCAGCGAGAAAGAUUAGGUGAAGGAAAGACAGCUGUGGGGUGCGGCAGACACCUCAACGGCUGCUGCGCACUGCAGCACCAGCAGCAGCAGCAGCAGCAGCAGCAGCAGCAGCAGCAGCAGCAGCAGCAAAAGGUGUGGUGCUGCUGCAAUGCAGAAGAAGGGGGGGUGCGCAGCAAUAUGCUAACUAAAGCAGAUGAUGAACGAGUCGUGCGCCUAUUCCUCCCAGUCGUAUUGGAGUUUGCUCCCUCAAUGCUACCCGCAUUGCUGGAGACGUCCUUGCAGGGUAUAGAUGCUGCCGAUCCGCUGAAGACAUUUCUGCUGGCGGAUCCCAACGCGCCUCCUCCUGCGAGCUUCGUGGAGUGUACUGACAGCAGCAGCAGCGAAGAGUAUGAAAGCAGCGCAUGCAGUGCUGUGCUUCCUGCAGCAGCAGCAGCAAUUGAGGGUCCUCGAGAGUCUUGCUGCUGCGACUGUAUUCCUCCUGGGGAUUGGAAGCAGCAGCAGGGGGGCCCUAAGAAGGGGAGAGGAGGAGCAGCAGCAGGUUCUGCAUCUUCUGCUUCUGCUGCUGCUGCUGCUGCUGCUGCUGCUGCUGCGGAGCCCUGGGGUGUCAGGCUGCAGCAUGAUCUCUCUUUUCAAAGAGAUAUCAUAGAACAAAGAGCAGCAGCUUCUUCUUUCCUCCCCGAUUGGGCCCAUGCCUGGCUGCAAAAAAUCUUAAGUCUUGUUGAAGUCUCCUCCAAACCUGACGAGAAGAGUGGGGGUUUGAUGGGUCGGGUUGAUCGAGGGACGAACUUAGCUUUACGUGCUGCUAGCCAAGCUAUCUUUAGUCAUUUGUCGGAGGAGACAGCAGCAGAGUUAGUAGAUUCAUUUGUCUCUUGGGCACGCUAUCCCUAUCCAGACGGUGUUCGUCUUGCUGCUGUUGUUGCUCUGUCUCUUGGUGCUGCUGCACCCCACUUGCUGCUGCCGAAGCUGCUAAACCUCGCAGAGACGCAGCUCUUAGAAGGCCCUUCUUCUUCCUCCCAGCAGCAGCAGCAGCAGCAGCAGCAGCAGCAGCAGCAGCAGGAGGUGCGUGUAUAUGGGCAAGCAACAACUCUGCAAGGAGACGAAGUUGUUGCUGCUGCUGCAGCUUUCCAGACAGAAGGAGAAGACACCCAAGCAGCAGCAGCAGCAGCAGCAGCAACAGCAACAGCAGCAGCAGCAGCAUGGAGCCCUAUACUAGGGGACCUCGACGAGCUGCGCGGUCUCCCUGCGAAUUUCAUGGGUCCCUUAACAGAGGAGGAGGAGGCCCCCACAGCAGCAGCAGCAGCAGCAGCAGCAGCAGCAGCGGGAGGGAGCGUAGAGGAGAGCAGCAGCAAAACCCGAGCUCGUCUCUCUAGAGCUUUAAAGAUAGCAAGGCUGCUGACGAAAGCAGCAGCAUCGCAGCAAGCUGAUGAUAGACCCAAAAGAGUACCCAUGUGGGAGAACACAGCUGCCGCUGCUGGAGGGGCCCCUGGUGCCGCAUAG